AUGCAGUUCACUCUUACCGCUGUCCUCGCCCUCGCUGGCGCCGCUGUUGCCCUCCCCCCCGCCCCUGCCCCCGCCGCUGGUGGCAUUGGCAACGCCAACGGUGUUAACAACAAGGGCAACACCAAUGUCAAGUUCCCUGUCCCUGACAACCUCACUGUCAAGCAGGCUCAGGCCAAGUGUGGUGACCAGGCUCAGCUCUCUUGCUGCAACAAGGCUACCUACGCCGGUGACACCACCGAUGUCAACUCUGGCAUGCUCGGCGGUGCUCUCUCCAACCUGAUCGGUGCUGGCUCUGGCGCCGACGGUCUGGGUCUUUUCGACCAGUGCUCCAAGCUGGACCUCCAGAUUCCCCUCCUCAUUGCUGUGCCCAUCCAGGACCUGGUCAACCAGAAGUGCAAACAGAACAUUGCCUGCUGCCAGAACUCCCCCUCCAGCGCCAACUCCGACCUCAUUGGUGUUGGUCUUCCUUGCGUUGCUCUUGGCUCCAUCCUCUAA